CCGUCAUGGCCGCCGGGUCCUCGGCGCCCCGCGUCCUCAACGUGAAUGUGGGCGUCCUGGGCCACAUCGACAGCGGGAAGACGGCGCUGGCACGGGCGCUGAGCACCACCGGCUCCACCGCCGCCUUCGACCGGGCACCGCAGAGCCGGGCGCGCGGCAUCACGCUGGACCUGGGCUUCUCCUGCCUGCGCACCGCCCUGCCGCCGCAGCUCGGCCCGGGGCCCGGCGAGCUUCAGUUCACGCUGGUCGACUGCCCGGGGCACGCCUCCCUCAUCCGCACCAUCAUCGGCGGUGCCCAGAUUAUUGAUUUGAUGAUGCUUGUAAUCGAUGUGACAAAAGGGAUGCAGACGCAGUCAGCAGAGUGCUUGGUAAUUGGGCAAAUUGCCUGCCAGAAGAUGGUGGUAGUUCUGAACAAAAUAGAUCUCCUUCCAGAGGGGAAGAGACAAAGUGCCAUUGAGAAAAUGACUAAGAAAAUGCAGAAGACCUUGGAAAAUACAAAGUUCCAUGGGUGUCCUAUUGUUGCUGUUGCAGCAAAGCCCGGUGGACCAGAAGCCCCAGAGUCUGAGAACCCACUUGGUAUUUCUGAAUUAAUUGAGGUCCUGAAGUCUCAGGCUUACCUGCCAUCAAGAGACCCCUCGGGAUCCUUCCUUAUGGCAGUUGACCACUGUUUCUCUAUCAAGGGUCAAGGCACGGUGAUGACAGGGACUAUUCUUUCUGGCUCAGUUAGCCUUGGUGACAAUGUGGAGAUUCCUGCCCUGAAGGUGACAAAGAAAGUCAAGUCCAUGCAGAUGUUCCAUAAUCCUGUGACUUACGCUAUGCAAGGUGAUAGAGUAGGUAUCUGUGUAACUCAGUUUGACCCCAAACUACUAGAACGAGGCCUUAUUUGCACCCCAGAAACACUUCACACCAUCCAUGCUGCAAUAAUUGCUGUAAAGAAAAUCCAGUAUUUUCGAGGAGCUCUUCAGACCAAGGCCAAGUUCCAUAUCACAGUUGGUCAUGAGACAGUUAUGGGAAGAGUGAUGUUUUUCAGUCCAGCCCCUGAUAACUUCAAUGAAGAAACUCAAGAAAAUGUUUUUGAUUUUGAAAAGGAUUAUCUUUAUCAAGAGGAAUAUUUAUCCAAGGACUCAAAUUCUUCAGAGAACAAAGAAAACGACCAGGCAGAAGUCCAGCUCCCAAGACAACAAUGGGCUUUGCUCGAAUUUGAAAAACCAGUCACUUGUCCUAAAUUGUGCCUUGUGAUUGGCUCCAAGCUGGAUACAGAUAUUCACACCAAUACUUGCAGGUUGGCGUUCCACGGGGUACUGCUCCAAGGAAUGGAAGACAAGAACUACACGGAGACUUUCCUUCCAAAGCUGAAAGUGUACAAGCUGAAGCACAAAGAAGGACAAGUGGAAAGGGUGAUGGAUGAUUACAGUGUGAUUGGUCGUUCAUUGUUUAAAAAGGAAACAAACAUCCAGAUUUUUGUGGGUCUAAAAGUCAAGCUGUCUACAGGAGAAGAUGGAAUAAUAGAUGGUGGUUUUGGACAAAGUGGCAAAUUUAAAAUCCGAAUUCCAGAUGGGCUGAAGCCAGAUACCAAGAUGCUUCUUACUGUUGUCUCUAAGAAGAAAUCUAAAGGAGGGAAAGGGGAUACAAACAAGGAGGAUGAAAGCAGCAAGAACGAUUCGGCCCAACCUGUUGCCAUCUCUCUUGUCUUUAAAAGAUACGUCUUUGACACACAGAAGAAAAUGAUUCAAUCCUGAGAAGGCAGGAGAGGCCUCUAAUCACACCUGAAAAACCAGACUCUGAAAUGUAUUCAAGUGCAAUGUGUUUCGUGUCUGAAAGCAUUUAGACCUGUUACAUCCUCACAAAAAGCUCCUGCUGACUAUGUGCCUGUUUCAAAAAUCUCUGCAGUCUGGUUUUGUUCUGUUAGGAUCUGCUUAUUGUGUCAUCUCUGCAAUGAGAAUCUUUACAGCCUCUCAGAGGAUGUUGCCUCCCAGAUGAGCACAUUUGGGUGUGUGUUCUGAUAGAGCUGUUUUUCUGGAGAAUUGUUUUGAAGUUUCUGUUAAUUUACAAGUUUACCACCAAUAUUAAUCUAAAUCUAGUUGAGAUGUGAAUUUCAUACGACACACAAAGUGAAGGUGAUUAGUCUGGGUUUACUUCCCCCGCCAAUGGGGGGGACAGAAAGCACAUGAUAGUCAUAAGUGGAGCUUAUAAUGGAUGUUUCAUAUUCCUUCAACUGCAACUAUGUAAGAUGCUGAGAGAUGGUAUGGAUCUUUUUUUAUAAAUGUGAUUUAUAUCUCAAAAUAUUUUUCUUAUUAAACAUAAUGAUGUGUGUAACUGAGAGCCUUAAUUGUUCUGUUUGCUGUUCCAAAGGUUCAGAACCUAUAUUCAUUGACGUUUUAGAUGGCUUUUCUGAAUUUCCUGCCUGUUCUGUGGUGAAUCCUACUCCAGGAUUGUUUUCUUUUUUUGUAACCAAAGUGUCUUUUGUGUUAGAAAGAAAAAGUUGCCUCUGGAAAUAGUCAAGGGCUUUAUUUCAUUAAAAUAAUGAUAGAAGAUUGCAGCAUAAGCCUUGUAAAAUAAGUAUCUCCAAGAUGCUUUAGAAACCAUUAGUUGUUUAAUAGGGAUUUCAUGGCUGCUUUAGUUCUUCCUUUCAAUUUCAUGUCCUAGGCUUAUAAAAAAGAGAGCACUGGUAAUAUCCCUUCUUUGUUAUUUACCAAAGCAUAGGACACCUUAACAUGAAAACUAAUAAUAAUUCCACAGAUACGAAAGCUGUAGUCUGGAACAGAAAUUGGACUCGGGGUUGGCAGCAUGGGAAAUGUUAGUUCCUGCCUUUUGAACAAAAAGAAUGCUUCUGCUUGUUAAAUGGCAGCUGGUGACCUGUUUGCUGAAGCCAACUGUAGAUGACCACGUGUAUAAUGUAAGUGCAUUAGUUGCACAUGGAAGCCAAUAGCUGUACUAGAUAGCUAAAGUCAUUAAUCAUAUCAUUACAUUGUUAUCAACACUGAAAGUGUUAUUAAUCAAAUAUCCAUUGAUGGGCAUGAGUCCAUCGUGCUAACAUGAGCCUGUUGAUUUCAGUCUUUUUCUUUUCCUUUUAAUUUCCAGGUAACCAAAGUUGGGUACAAAUGGCAAAAAUAUCAGCGGAUAUUUACAGCUGGACAGAUGUGAGACAGGGCAAGUCUGAUGUCUAAACUAGGUUGAUGGUGCCCCUUUAAAUCAGAACAGAAUUAGUGCUUUGUGGAAUAAUCCCAAACAGUUUCUGCUGAGUGAGUCCCAGCAAAGCUUUAGCACAUCCUUUAAGAUUAUGGGGUAUGCUUUCAGUGUGAUCCCAGAGGAAUUAGGCAGGCAACUUCAGCUAUGGCUUAAUGUGACUUGUGCUGCCAGACUCGCUGGAAAAUGUAUCCUUCUGUAAUGAAAAACACAUAUUUCACACCCCUGUCACCUUUCCUUCCCCAUUUCUCUCCUCUUCCCAGACACCCCCAAAGGCAGUCUUCUGAAAGAAUAUUUAUUAUGUUAUCUUUCUUUUAAGCCUUUAUCAAAUCCUGUUUUGUACCCUACACUGUAACCUCUGCUUAAGAUACUGUGGUGAUGGAAGCUAAAGAAACAGAUGACAUAGAAGGAAUGCCAUUAUUACCAUCCCAGGUUAGUGUAAGAAUUAUUGGUAUAAAACCCCCUUCUCAUUAGAAAAAAUCAAUAGGUGAACUAGUAAGGAUCUUCCUUUUUUUUUCCCUGUAUAGUUCUAUUUUUCUUCCCAAAUUUUAAAUGUGUCACUAAAUUCUGCCAACUCUCCUUGGAGUUUUUAAAAGAAAAGGGCAGUCAUCAGGAGAGGUGUCCUGCUGUAAGAUAUUGUUGGCUGUUCCAGAGUCAUUAGCCUCACAUUUUCAGGUUUUUUGUCUUUCUCAUUUCUCAGGCAUUUUGGAACAGUUCUGGAGGGGAGACUGUCAGUGUAAAUGGUGGUGUAUAUUUUUACAAAGCAUUAUCUGAUUAAUGUUUUCCCUUCUACACUGUGGAUUGCCCAUAGAAAGAUCCGUGAGUCAGUUGUUAUGGAACUUGAUCCAUUUGAAAUCUCCUUAGUCCUAAAUACUCAGUUGUGCAGCAUUCUGCUUGGUUGAAAGGUCUUCUAGUGCUCAGAGUCCCAUAAUUUACUUGCAUGGGGUACUCCAAGGGAGGAUCAAGAGCUUCCCUAGUUGGACUUUCCCAUCCCUUUCUCAUCUAGUCUCCCUUCUAAAUCUUUCCCCCAUUUUCCAUCUCAGUAUACUGCUCUGGAAAUAUGUCAGCAUCUUUCUUCCAUCGUCUCAGUCUAAGACCAAACCUCCUUGCUCACUGCUCCCAUUUCCUGUCUUUACUCCUUGCUUCUCCUUAUUCUGGCUCUGCUCUUGCCUCUGGAGCAGGAGAUGUAAAUGUAGGUGCUGGCAGUGCUCCCAUUGGAGCCCAGCAUGGUGGGGAAGGCUCUUGUGCUGCAGCCUCUGCCUGUGCACGAUAAGUAACUAACUGCCUAUGUUCAGGCACUUAGACUGUGACUUGGGCAGAGGCUUGUGGACAACUGCUGCUGCCCCAGUAGAGCAGGCUGAGUGGAGGCAUGUGUGCUAUGCCUCCUGUGAGGCCCUUACCCACCACCACAUCCUGUCCUUGCUAAUCCUUUAUGUAAAGCCCCUCUCUUCAAAGACUUUCCUUUUAUUUUGCCCCAUUAGCAGAGGUUUGUGUAGGGCAGACAGCUGGAGAGCUAUCUGUUGAAGUCUGGGGUUUGGGUUUGUGUUUGUCCCCAUUUUUAAUUCCAAAAGGAGAACUUUAGUGUGCCCGAGAACUUUGAUUAUAAUGUGCUGUUGCUGCAGAUCUCUGGCUGCUGUCCUGAGGCUGUUGGAUACACAUUCGAAAAAGGGUGAAAUAGUGGAACAAAAUGAUUAUGGGAAAAUCAAAGCUUUUAAAGACAUUUGUAGGAUGAACAGAUGUUCAAACAUUCUUUUAUUUGGUUUCCAGACAGACGUAGAGACUUUCCUUUCAUCCUUGUAAUCAGUGCAUUAUGCUGUAAUUUGUAAAAAUGGCAUUAAAAAAAUAUUAACAGGGUCAUAUUGUGAUCUACUGACUCUGUGUCAUUAAGCCGUGAAGUUAAGAACAGCAACUGGGAACAGGGGUUAAAUGCUGCAGAAUGUACUGUACUAGCAUAUAUUG